GAGAAACAAUAUUUUACUUCAGUUACGAUCCAUGAUGAGAAGAAGAAUCUGGUGGAGUUUUGGUUCGUCGGCUGGCUCUGUGACCAUAACAUAAGCCGAACAGAGAGGAAAAAAGUGGGCCAAACACUCCUCCUGCCCCAAAUAUAAAAGCCUCACACAAAGGCCUCAUUACUGUCUUUCUUUUCGUUUCGUUUUGCCCUUUCUUCACGCCAACCUCUUUCUUCUUUUCUUCUCCUCCCCACUCUCUUCCUUCUCGAUCCUCCUUCCAUCAUGAUUACAGUAAGUGUAAAAUGGCAAAAGGAGAUUUUCAAAGAUGUAGAAAUUGACACUACACAGUCCCCUUUUGUUUUUAAAUGCCAAUUGUAUGAUCUGACUGGUGUUCCUCCUGAAAGACAAAAAAUUAUGGUCAAGGGUGGUCUUUUGAAGGAUGAUGCCGAUUGGUCAAAAUUAGGAGUGAAAGAGGGUCAAAAGCUAAUGAUGAUGGGUACAGCCGAUGAAGUUAUAAAGACUCCAGAGAAGGGAACUGUUUUUGUUGAAGAUCUUCCUGAAGAAGAACAAGUAGUAGCUGUUGGACAUACUGCUGGUCUUUUCAAUUUGGGAAAUACAUGUUAUAUGAACUCAACAUUGCAAUGCCUCCAUUCUGUGCCCGAGUUAAAGUCAGCUUUGAUUAAGUACUCAAAUUCAGGACGAAACAAUGAUGUCGAUCAGCCUUCUCAUAUGUUGACCAUUGCAACCCGUGACAUAUUCAAUGAACUUGAUAAAAGUGUCAAGCCUGUGGCACCAAUGCAAUUUUGGAUGUUAUUGCGGAAAAAAUAUCCUCAAUUUGGCCAGCUGCAUAAUGGAGUGUUCAUGCAACAGGAUGCUGAAGAAUGUUGGACACAACUUCUAUACACUCUCUCUCAGUCCCUCAGAUCCCCUGGAUCUAGUGAAAACCCCGAUGCUGUGAAGGCCCUUUUUGGCAUAGAACUUAUUAGCAGGAUUCAUUGUCAAGAGAGUAAUGAAGAAAGCUCGGAAACAGAGUCUGUUUAUUCACUUAAAUGCCACAUAUCACAGGAGGUGAACCAUUUGCAUGAAGGGCUAAAACAUGGGUUAAAAUCAGAGUUAGAAAAGGCUUCACCUGUGUUGGGCCGUAGUGCUACCUACUUGAAGGAAUCACGCAUAAAUGCCCUGCCAAGGUACCUAACUGUUCAGUUUGUCCGUUUCUUUUGGAAGAGGGAGUCCAACCAGAAGGCUAAGAUUUUGCGGAAAGUGGAUUAUCCUCUGGAGUUGGAUGUGUAUGAUUUUUGUUCAGAUGAUCUCCGUAAAAAAUUGGAAGCUCCUAGACAGAUCCUAAGGAACGAGGAAGGCAAGAAGCUUGGUCUGAAAGUAAAUGAGAAAAGCUCUGUUCAGAAGGAAAAUGAUGUAAAAAUGGCCGAUGUUGAGGGAUCAUCGAAUGGAGGAGGGGAGCCAUCUGUAGUUCCCAUGGAGGAGGGUGAAAAGGAAACACAGAUGACUGGAAUUUAUGAUUUGGUUGCUGUAUUAACCCACAAGGGUAGAAGUGCUGAUUCAGGACAUUAUGUUGGUUGGGUCAAGCAAGAAAAUGGGAAAUGGAUAGAGUUUGAUGAUGACAAUCCCAAACCUAAAGUAGAAGAGGACAUCACUAGACUAUCUGGAGGAGGUGAUUGGCAUAUGGCUUAUAUAAUCAUGUACAAGGCUCGUGUUGUAUCUGUUUAAUUGCUAGGAAGAGGCUAUUUGGUGUUUUACCUCAGAGAUUUAAGGAUUGUGAGAAGAAAUGGUAUCUUGUAUUGUACUCUCGAGGUUUGAGGCUUGUUAGUCAGUAUUUUAUUUGUUUUAGGUAAUUGUAUUUUUUAAAGGAUUAUUAGGAUUUGAAUUGAAGCUUGCUACCCUGAAUCUCCUCUCUUCCAUUGACUUGGUCCAUAAGGCAGUUGAAUAUUUAUGAUGAAUGAAACGCGAGAGCAACGUCCUUUAUGAAAUGCCUGGGGAGCAGGUUAGUUAAAUUUGCA